AUGGCUUCAAACAGUCUGUUCAGCAGCACCAGCCCGAUGCUGUACUGGGAUCCCAUGGUGAAGCGUCAGCCAACACCAUCGCCCACAACCCGCCAACUGGACGACCAGCAGGAGAGGCCCCGCCACAAGCGCAGCACGGCACCACCCAGAGGCCUCGUACAGACCGACAGCCCAAACUUCCUCUGCAGCAGCCUGCCGCAGCACUGGAGGUGUAACAAGACCCUGCCGAGAGCCUUCACUGUGGUUGCCCUGGGCAACGACGUUCCAGACGGCGUGGUCGUCACGGUCAUGGCUGGCAACGACGACAACAACAGCGCAGAGCUACGCAACGCCACGGCGACCAUGAAGCAGGGCUACGCCCACUUUAACGACCUGCGCUUCAUAGGCCGCAGCGGGAGAGGCAAGAGCUUCAUACUUUCCAUCAAUGUCCUGACGUCGCCGCCUCAGAUCGCCACCGUGCACAGAGCCAUCAAGGUCACUGUGGAUGGACAGCGGCUGCCAAGACGACAGAGGCAGAAGGAGGUGAAGUCAGGAGUGUUCAGGUCUCCGAGCAGCAGCACUUCAUCAUCAGACUGCAGAUCAUUUUCCUCCUCUCUGUGGACCAACGAGCCCUCGUUCUUGGGCCAGAUGACCUCUCUGGCUUCCUCCUUCACUCCAAGUCCCAGAAUGCACCACCUGCCUGCCCUCUCCUACUCCACCCAGCCCACAGCCUACAGCUCCUUCCUGUCCUCUGCUCCUCCUCCCCCUCCACUGAGCCACAGUGGUCCAUUCCAGCCGGGCAGCUUCUACUAUGGACCGAACCAAACGCUCCAAACCACGGGGGAGGAACGCAAUGUCGUCACAACUCUGGCCAAUUACAUUGAAGGGGCGUGUCUCUCUAUGAGAGGGGAGGAGCCUGUUUGGAGGCCUUAUUGA